AUGCGCGUCGCGCACGCCCUAGCGCUGCUUGUCUUCGCUGCCGCGGCAUGUCAUGCUGCCGGCGCGGCUCGCAGGAGCGCCGUGUACGCCGAUAGCAGCAGCAGCAGCGUGCACUUCGUGUCGCCUGAUGAGGCCAGAGAGCUUCGCGAGGAGGUCCGGGCCAUGUUCUAUCAUGGCUAUAACGGGUACAUGCGUCAUGCGUUCCCUCUGGAUGAGCUUCGCCCUCGGUCGUGCAAAGGAGAGGAUUCACUGGGUGGCUAUACUCUCACGCUGAUUGACUCUCUGGAUAGCCUGGCGUUGCUUGGGAACAAGACCGAAUUCGCCACAGCUGUCAGAUGGCUCUCUGCACACCUCAACUUCGACAAGAACAAGACCGUGUCUCUCUUUGAGACCAACAUUCGAGUCAUGGGAGGGCUGCUGUCAGCACACCUCAUUGCAUCUGACCCUGCUCUGGGCAUGCAGGUGCCUGGAUACGACAACGAGCUGUUGAGGCUAGCAGAGGAUUUGGGGAGGCGAAUGCUGCCAGCUUUCGACACACCCACAGGCAUCCCUUUCGGCUCAGUCAAUCUGCGCCAUGGAGUCCUGCGAGGGGAGAGCAAGGUGACAGCAACAGCAGGUGGCGGCACACUCGCACUCGAGUUCGGCGUGCUCAGCCGUCUCACGGGCGAUCCAGUGUUUGAGGAUGUGGCACGCAAUGCUGUGAGGGCUCUUUGGGCGCGCAGGUCGUCCCUUGGGCUGCUAGGGGCGCAUAUAGACAUCUUCACUGGGGAAUGGACGCACAAGGAUGCAGGGGUCGGAACCAGCAUUGAUUCGUUCUACGAGUACCUAAUAAAGGCGCACAUUCUAUUCGGUGACUACGAGUAUCUGCACAUCUUUCAAGCAGCCUACGAUGCUGUCAUGACACACAUAUUCCAUGACCCAUGGUACGUGGAGGUCAACAUGGACGUGGCAGUCGUCGUCUGGCCGCUCUUCAACUCGCUCCAAGCCUUUUGGCCCGGGCUGCAGGUCAUGAUAGGAGACAUUGACCGCGCAGCUCGUUCCCACCGCGCUUUCUUCUCUGUGUGGCGGCGCUUCGGAUUCACACCGGAGGGAUUCAACCUGGCGCAAUCAGCCGUGCAGCCGGGGCAGACGUCGUACCCGUUAAGGCCAGAGCUGGCAGAGAGCACGUACUGGCUGUAUAAGGCCACGCGCGACCCCUUCUAUCUGGCCGUUGGGAGGGACAUGGUUGCCAGCCUGGCGCUGACGCGCUGCCGAUGUGGCUACUGCCACGUCAGCGACGUCGAGACGCAUGCCCUGGACGACCACAUGGAGAGCUUCUUCCUCUCGGAAACAGUGAAGUACCUCUAUCUUCUAUUUGACUUGGCCUUGGGAGGAGACAACAUCAUGGACAACGGGCCCUACCAGUAUGUGUUGACAACAGAGGGUCAUCUCCUUCCUUUAACUCCUGAAAUUUCCUUCCCCUCAGAGCACUGCUCCUACCUCAACAGCUUCUGUGCGCCUCCCCAGGCCAGCAGCUGCCGGGUUCAAGACGGGGGUUCUGGAGAGGGUGGGGUGGGGGAAGGGGGAAGUGCAGCAGAGGAAGGGAGCGAGUGGGUGGGAGAGGGGGAGGGGGAUGGGGAGGGAGAAGGGGAGGGGAAGGCAGGGGAGUGGGAAGAGAGGGGUGGGGAGGAACGGAGUAAGGGAGGGGCUGCAAGAGAGGAGGGAGGCAGCUCUGUUGGUGCUGCUACUGCUGCUGCAGAUGCCACAGGCCGUGGUGAUAAGGCUGAAGGAAUGGAGAUGGGAAUGAGUGAGGAUGGACAUAAGAAGCAAGAGGAGAUUGAUCCAAAUGUGGAGGUAGUUGCGAAAGGAAAGACAUGGGUACUGACUCGUAAUAAAGGGAUGGAAAAGACUGAUUCUUUGAGCACUCGCUCAGGUUCACCCUCUGUUGCUGAUCCUCACUCAAGCAGGAGUGAGAGCAGCAGCAGUGCUGCUGGUACUGGCACCGAGAGUUGCAGUGCUAGUGGCAGCGGUGGUGCUAUAGAAGACGAUGGUGAGGAGGCGGAGGAGGAGGAGGUGGAGGAGGAUGAGGAGGAAGAGGAAGAGGAGGAGAUCUACAGGGAUUUUGUCAAGGUAUUUCUAUAUGGAGAAGAUUGGGGAUUCCAGGGCUCUAAGGGCGUGUUCCUGCGGCCCCUUAUCAGGCUAAAUAGAGCCCAUGAAUUCCCAAACCCUCAAAUUUCAGCGUUAACACUGGUUCAGCAUGUUAUUCUGUUGAAACUUUAG